AUUCAAAUUUAAUGAAACGGAAGCUUUAUUCCUUUAUUAACGCGGUACACUCAAUUCUAUCAUAAAGCGAUAAAAAUGAUGAACCAGGUUGAGUACAUGAGGGGAUUUGGUGGAGAAGUAGAGCGGGCUGAGUUGAAUUUUGGAAGAAAGAAGAACAUUGCGGUUACACCGUACAAGGGAUAUGUUUAUAUCCACAUAGGCAGUUUAACAAGUAGCAGAAGCAUAACUCUUGGGACUGAUGAGUUUAAAGAGCUAUGCAAUCUGAAGCCAGUUCUUUUAAAAGCUGAGGCAGAAAUAAAAAAACAGCUGCAAAAACCUAGCAGGAAAAAGAAGGUUAUAGUUGUUGAAGAGGAAGAAGAAGAAGAAGAAGAAGAAGAAGAAGAAGAAGAAGAAGAAGAAGAAGAAGAAGAAGAAGAAGUAGAAGAAGAAGAAGUAAAAAAAGUUACUUUGAAAAGAAAGAGAAAGGUGAUUGCUAUCAGCGAUAGCGAUGAGGAGGCGGGAGUGUCAGAGUCGGACGUCAGAAAGGUGAUUGUUGCAGCAGAAUCUGGCCCGUUCAAGGGGCUAAAGAAGAAAAAGAAAACAGCUGGAGCUGGAUUCAUACUUUCUGAAGCAGUUGAAGAUGGCGAGUGAAGAUAACACCACCAAUCAGAACAGAAAAAGGACAAUGGGAGAAGAAGUAGAAAAAAAGACACUGAGUGAAAAACGAAAGCGGUCAGCUCCACCUUCAUUAAGAACUUUAUCUGUUGCAUGUAUUUAUAAUAAAUUAACAACAAAAUGUGAUAUUCAAAUGAGAGAUUUUUUUUUGUAAAAUUCCCUCACCAAUUUUAAUUAUUUUUAUGGAUUAUGCAGACUUUCAAUUUGUUUUAAAUCCUGGAUUUGCCGAAUUAGAUGUGUUUAAUGCUGCCGAGGAAAUUUUUGAUCAAAGAUAUCAAUUAAAUAAAAUGAUAAGGGAAUGCAGCCAUUUCACAUCUGAAGAGAUAUUCAUUCAUUUAAAGAACGUCCCAGGGUCUGUUUUAAAUUCACUCGGACUUUCGUUCAAUAGGGAGAACUUUUCCGAUAUUUUAAGGAAAAUAUUAAACAUGCGAUUUUCACGUGUUUAAUUUACCAAAGAAUAUGUCUCAUAUAUUUUAAUCUAAAAUUUAAGAAAUUUAUUUGUAAUAUUUUCAUCGUGUUUGAAGGUCUUUUUCCCCAUUGCACAAUGUAUUUCACUGGUGCGUUUGAAGGUGUAAUUCCCCAUUUUCAUAAUUGUGUUUAAUUUACCAAAGAAUAUGUCUCUUAUAUUUUAAUCUAAAAUUUAUUUGUAAUAUUUUCAUCGUGUUUGAAGGUGUUAUUCCCCAUUGUCCAAUGUAUUUCACUGGUGUGUUUGAAGGUGUUAUUCCCCAUUUGAAGGUGUUAUUCCCCAUUGACAUAAUGUUUGAAGGUGUUAUUCCCCAUUGUUCUAAUGUUUGAAGGUACUAUUCCCCAUUGUUCUAAUGUUCGAAGGUGUUAUUUCACAUUGUCCUAUGUUUGAAGGUGUUAUUCCCCAUUGUCCUAUUGCCUUAAUGUUUGAAGGUGUUAUUCCCCAUUGUCCUAUUGUCAUUAUGUUUGAAGUUUGUUUGAAGGUCCAUUUGGGUUUUAAAGUUAUGUAUUUUCAUUGGGGUUUUUAAGUUAAAGUCGCCAUUUUACCAUGCUACUCCCCAUUGCCCUAUGUAUUUCACUUCCCCAGGUUGAUAGCAAACGGAUAAAACUUAAAUAUGUUGAUAUAUUUUAUUAUAAAAUCAUAUAUUUAUUUACAUGAAAUAAAAUAUUAUAUAAUUAU